CAAAGCAUCUUUCGUAAGAUCCUUUCUUUCCUUUUCUAAUUCACUCUAAACCUUUCUAUUUCUCUCUCUCUCACUGUUCCAUCUCCUAUAAUUAUUAUAAGAGAUCCUUCAAACUUUGAAGAUCCCAUGAAUCGUUCCUUACCCUAACAUUUCAUCUUUAUCUCUUCCCGAUUUUGGCGCCAAAAUCAUGAAACUCGACAACUCCAACUCCAACGGCCAGAUGUCUAUCGCCGCCGACGUUACUCCGCCGAAUAACUCCGACGAUGCCGAUGAGGCAUUCGUUCCGCCGCUCAAUUUCGCUAUGGUUGAUAACGGUAUUUUCAGGUCUGGUUUUCCCGAUUCUGCCAACUUCGGAUUCUUGAAAUCGCUUCGUCUCCGUUCCGUAAUAUGUUUGUGCCCUGAACCCUAUCCUGAAACGACUGCGGAGUUUUUGAAGGCCAGUGGAAUAAGGCUUUAUCAAUUCGGUAUCGAUGGAUGCAAGGAACCCUUUGUCAACAUCCCAAAUGAUAAGAUUCGCGAAGCUUUGAAAAUAGUGCUCGAUGUUCGGAACCACCCCGUGCUGAUUCAUUGUAAACGAGGAAAGCACCGCACUGGUUGUCUUGUGGGAUGCAUAAGAAGACUGCAGAGAUGGUGUCUAUCAUCUAUUUUUGAUGAGUACCAAAGGUUUGCAGGUGCGAAAGCCAGAGUGUCAGACCAGAGGUUCAUCGAAUUGUUUGAUAUUUCCAGUUUGAAGCACAACCCACUCUCCUUUUCGUGCUCAAAGAAAUAGGAACUGAAAUAACGGGUGCAACAUUUAGAAGUUGAUGCUUCCUCCCAUGGAAUGUUUCCAUGAUGAAGUGAAGUAUAAUGACUAGUCUUUAAUCUUUUUACACUGAAAAUUAGUGCACGAUGAGUAGGAUUUUUAAAUAGAUGUUCUACUUUGUUACUUAUUAUUUCCUUUCCUGUUUCAAUGUUGGCUGUCCAAUAUACCAAUUUACCAUGCGGAUUGAAUAAUGGUGCUGUUUUUUCUUCUAUUCUGUAUCCAUUUAAGCUGAAAAAAAAAGCUCAGCAGCGCAGCUUCUGCGUUUAUUUUCUAGACA